AUGUUUCCACACUCUGUCACAGUGGAGGUGCCAGGUCUGACUUGUAUCCAGAAGAGAGGAGGAGGAGAGGCAGGGGGCGAGGAGUGUAUCUGUAUCCUCCAGCUGACGGAGGCGGGGGAUAUUUUCUACCAGAUCCUGGAGCACGAGCAGUCGCACACCCCUCCACCAGCUCUGGAGAAAAACACAAUUUCAGAGAUAAAUCCAGCCCAACAACCACCACAGUCGUUGAGGCUCAUAUCGGAAGCAUCGAGCGACGAAGACAUAAUCGGCCCGACUCAGACGCAGAGCUUUGUGGCUGAAACACAGGAGGAGGAACGGCCAGAACUGGACAUGUACGCUUCCUCUAACGAGUCCUGGUCCCCAAGAAAGUCCCGCCGCAUAAAGAAUUUGCAGCUGCAGGUCAUCGUCAAUGACUAUGACAAUGAUGAAACCGUGAGUGGACUGGACACAGGUUUGAAUGAGGAAACCGUGAGUGAAGAAAAAGCUGAUAUUCCAGAGGAACCCAGCCGUGUGGAGGAAACAACAAGCGGCAGCCAGAAGCUCAGCGACGGUGUUCUGGUCACAUGGAAACAGUGGCUGCAGAAAUUGAUGCAAAAGAGUCACAAGAAUAAGCCCCGCCCACAGCUCAGGCAGCCCUUCAAAAUCACAACUAAAGAACUCAUCUACCUGUCGUCUGACGAUGAAGCGAGAGGAGAGGAUUCAGCGGAGAAGGAGCGCGUGGAGAACGUGAGGCGGGACCUCAGAGCGUGCAUGACCAACCGCUCGCUGCUCGUUCACAGCGCCGUCUCCGCCUCUCUCGGAGACCAGGAGGUGGUGGAGGUGCCCGACGCGGUGAAUACUGACGACUGGGGGGAUCCGACGAGAAGAGGAGGAGGAGAGAAGGAGGUGAGGAGAGCGUCCAGUCAGCGCUCGGUGCUGUCCAGCAGCUUCUGCUCGUCUCUGAGCUACCAGUCGGACCUGAGCGACUUCUCAGAUCUGUCCGGAUGGUCCUCGUCCGCCAGUUUGGGGGCGUGGUCCGACAGCGAGGGGGGGCUGUCCCAGUCGGAGGGGUCUGUAGGGAGCGGGAUCCCACGAGCUGCAACACCCUCCUCCAGUCAAACAGACCCCACGCCUCAACCAGGGAACCAGACCCCAACUUCUCAACCAGGGAACCAGACCCCCAGUUCUCAACCAGGGAACCAGACCCCCACUUCUCAACGAGGGAACCAGACCCCCACUUCUCAACCAGGGAACCAGACCCCCACUUCUCAACGAGGGAACCAGACCCCCACUUCUCAACCAGGGAACCAGACCCCCACUUCUCAACGAGGGAACCAGACCCCCACUUCUCAACCAGGGAACCAGACCCCCACUUCUCAACCAGGGAACCAGACCCCCACUUCUCAACCAGGGAACCAGACCCCCACUUCUCAACCAGGGAACCAGACCCCCACUUCUCAACGAGGGAACCAGACCCCCACUUCUCAACGAGGGAACCAGACCCCCACUUCUCAACGAGGGAACCAGACCCCCACUUCUCAACGAGGGAACCAGACCCCCACUCCUCAACGAGGGAACCAGACCCCCAGCAGAACCAACGCCCCCCCAAACACACCUAAACCUCUCGACUCCACCCCGGCCACUGUGAGGAGGAGCAAACCCCAAGAAGACUACCUCAGCGCUCUGUUCGCACCGCAGGACGAUGCCUCGCAGCACGGCGGUUAUUUCCUGGAGGAAGAGAGCCCCGUGCUCCACGCUCCUCCACCUGUGGCCUCGUCCUCCUCCCAGUCCGCCUCUCUGAGGAGCGUCAGGACCAGUUUCUCCCAGUCCCUCACCCCCUCCCAGAGCUCACAGGGGAGACCGGGGCCGUCCCAGGCACCACUCGCCAAGAAGAAAAAGCCUCGGAUGGGAUUCUGAGUGUGUCCGCCACACACGGAGCGGAGCAUUUGGAAUACCUGUUGUUCUUCUUCUUCCUUCGAUGCAUCUGGAUUCAGGGUUUGUGAAAUGGAUGUAUUACAGUUGCAUUCACUGGGUUUGGACAUUAGGACGCACACGGGAUCUAAUGGAUGAUGGACUGACUGGAAGAGCAACCAUGGCUCUGUCCCUGAAGACGAAGACGACUGUGCUUUGGUAGGAAAACAUUACCUUUGUUUUGUGACUGGGCCUUAUGGUUAACGAGAGAUGUGUGUAUGUUUGGGCAAAUGACGCUGCUGGGUUCACUUGUAUCCUUCCAUUAGACACUCACACAGCUGAUGUUGUUUCACUUCAUUCCAUAACACUCCGAGUCACGGAGAUGGGAUGAAACGAUAUGGCUGAUAUGAAACGGAAGGAACGAGGAAAGACAUGAUAAGCUAACCCGAGGUCGAUUAGGGAUAUGGAAGAUGCAGAAGUCUUGAAAUAAAAGCUGAGGAACUUUGAAGUAGGAGUAGAUGCUACAGAAUGUGUGUGUGUGUGUGUGUGUGUGUGUGUGUGUGUGUGUGUGUGUGUGUGUGUGUGUGUGUGUGUGUGUGUGUGUGUGUGUGUGUGUGUGUGUGUGUGUGUGUGUGUGUGUGUGUGUGUGUGUGUGACCUCGUUCUGUUUUUUUUACUUUGUUAAUGAAAGUACAACAUGCACUGUUAAAACCUUUUGUAUGACAUUUUUCUACAUCUGCUUUAAAUAAAACAGAAAGGAAUUAGUAGGAA